AUGAAAAACGAAGAAGCAGCAGCUAUCAUGCGCUCUGUUUCCGAAGCUUGGGAAAAAGAUUAUUAUGCCGGGAAAUUGGAUAAAGUGAUCCAAGACUAUUUUCAUACCGAUGCUGUUGUUGUCCAAAAAGGCGAGAAUGCGGUAUACGGCAAGAAAAUCAUAGGGGAGAUGUUUAACAAAAUGACAGAAGAAUAUGGACAAGUUAAAUUUGAAAGGAAGAACGAAAAGUGUUGCGGUUGUGAUAGCUGCAUCUGUAUAUCCUGCGAUAUCAUCGUAGACUCGCCGAAAAAAGGCAAAGAACUUGGAAGAUCAUUUCAAAUUUGGAGAAAGGAAGGCGGUAAAUGGAAAGUCUAUCAUGACGAGUUCGAAAUGAUAAAGAAUGAGACCCACGUUUGA